GCAGCGGCGGCGUCCGAGCUGUGUGUCGGGCCGGGGCCGUUUUCUCUUGCUUCUCUUCUCCUCUCCUCGAUAAACCUUCUCUGCUGCGAUGCCAAGGGGCGGCCGGAGCCGCACGUCCCGCGUGGCGCCCCCCGCCAGUCGGGCACCAGCAAUGAGAGCUGCGUCACCAGCACCUGCCGCUCGGGCACCUGUCCCGGCAGCAGCACCGGCUUCUGCUGUGGCUAGUCCUGCACCACAGCAGCCUGGCCUGAUGGCACAGAUGGCUACAACUGCUGCUGGAGUUGCUGUAGGCUCCGCUGUAGGCCAUACCAUAGGUCAUGCCCUUACAGGAGCGUUUAGUGGAGGAAGCAGCCCUGAAGCUGCCAGGCCUGAUAUUACUUACCAGGAGCCUCAGGCUGCUCAGCCUGCCUACCAGCAGCAGCAGCAGUCGCAGUUUGCUCCUUGCCAGUAUGAAAUGAAGCAAUUCCUGGAAUGUGCGCAGAAUCAGACUGACCUCAAGCUGUGUGAGGGUUUCAGUGAAGUUCUGAAGCAGUGCAGGUUUGCUAAUGGUUUAGCCUAAAUCCUCAGAACAAGGCUGAUGAAGACCACCUUACAAGACCUGACUUAUGAAUGAUAAAAAAGCUUCAGUAAUAAAGUCUAAAGCUGUCUGAUAUCUUGUUAGUUCAUAUAUUCACACUGUCAUCUUCAUGGCUUGAUUCUUGCUGUAGCAGCUACAGACAUGAUACAACUUAGAGCCGCUGCAAAUUACUUAGCACAAAACAGAAGAAUGAAUAAUAAAAUGGAAUGAGCUAAUAUGUGGAUUAACUGGUUUGCUGAUUGUUGCUGAAUGUAAGUGAUGUGGUGUUUAAAUAAACCUCUCUCUCGAAGUA